AUGGAUUCAUUUGUAUUAGAUGCACAAAACCCAAACCCAAAAAAUUUAAAAAAUUUAUUAAAAUAUGAAGAACAACUCGAAAGACAACAUGUCUCAUUAGAUAAUAUUUUAGGCGCCCUUGAUGUCAGAAAUCAUUCAUUAGGUCAACUUUUAGUAUUAAAAGCCAAAGGCAGUGAUCAAGGUAAAAAUCGUUCUGUUUUUAUUGAUCAAUGUAAUAAUUUCUUUAGAAAUUGUAAUGUUGAACAAGUUAGAUUAGCACCAGCUCAAUUAUCACAACUUAGUAAAUUUUAUACAGAAGCAUUAUAUGAAUUAAAGCAACCAAUUAGAGGUGUUGCAGUACUCAAAGAUGCACUUAAUAUUUUAUCCGAUAAUAAACCAACAACCACUCUUACACCAAUUCAUACAGAUUUUUUACAACUUUGUAUCCUUUCAAAAUGUUAUCAUCAAGCACUCCCAUUAAUUGAAAGUAACAUCACUCACAUUAAUCCAGAACAAUCUUCAAUCGCCAUCAAAGAUAUUCUUUGUUACUUUUACUAUUCUGGUAUCAUUUUCACUGCUUUUAAGAAAUAUAAAAAAGCAAUUGAAGCUUUUAAAUUUGUUAUUACUGCACCAGCAUCAGCAUUAAGUGCAAUUACAGUUGAAGCUUAUAAAAAAUAUUUAAUUGUAUAUUUAAUUCAAUUUGGUUCAGUUCAACAUUUCCCAAAAUGUACACCAGCAGUUGUUCAAAGAAAUAUUAAAUCUCAUUGUAAACCAUACACAGAAUUUGUUCAAUCCUUUUCAAAUGGUAAUAUAAAUGAUAUUAUGAAUAAAGCUUCAUCUGGUGCUGAAUUCUUCCAAAAGGAUAGCAACUGGGGUUUAGUUAAACUUUCAAUUAAAUCAACCUAUCGUAGAAAUAUCAAAAAACUCACUCAAACUUUUAUGACUCUUUCAAUUAAUGAUAUUGCUGAAAAGGUUUCUCUUCCAAAAGCAAAAGCUGAACAAUUCGUUUUAAAGAUGAUUGAAGAAGGGGAAAUUUUUGCAACUAUUAAUCAAAAAGAUGGUAUGGUUACUUUUGAUGAAUGUUUUGAAGAUUUUAGUGGUCCAACUAUCUUAAAUGAUUUGGAUCGUAAUAUCAACAAUAUUGUUGGUUUAGAAUCAAAGAUUAAAGAGAUGGAUGAAAAGAUUUCAUUAAGUAAUAAUUAUUUAAAGAAAUUAGCUUCUGGAAAGAAUACAGGUCAAUUAUCUCAAUAUGAAGAUCCAAUGGAAGAUAUCAGCUAA